AUGUCCCCCGUGCACGGAGUGACGAUGGCCCUGAAACGCAGCCGUGAGAUUUCGGCUGCCGACAGUUUUUUUCCUCGGCACGCUUUCGCCAAAACUUUAUGCAGCUCACCAGAGGACACGCCCUCCAAUGGAUGUUUUCACCAGGAGGACGAUUCUCCCAUCAAGUCAGAGGCGGAGGACAGUAACGAAAUGGUGUCGUCAGAUGAAGACCAGGAUGUGGAUCAGGACCCGGACCAGGACCCUAGUGCCAACGCAAGCCUGGCCUCCCCCAGGAAAAGCCUCAACAAGAUGGGCAAGGAAAAGAAGAAGCAGACGCAGCUCACACUGCAGUGGCUGGAGGAGAACUACAUUGUGUGCGAGGGAGUGUGUCUUCCUCGCUGCAUCCUCUACGCUCACUACCUGGACUUCUGCAGGAAAGUCAAAUUGGAGCCCGCCUGUGCCGCCACUUUCGGAAAAACGAUCCGACAGAAAUUCCCUCUCCUCACCACUCGGAGACUGGGAACCAGGGGCCAUUCCAAGUAUCAUUACUACGGCAUCGGCAUCAAAGAGAGCAGCGCUUACUAUCACUCCGUCUACUCUGGGAAAGGUUUGACCAGAUUUUCUGGAAGUAAAAUGAAGAAUGAGGGAGGCUUCACCAGGAAAUACUCCCUCAGCUCCAAAACGGGAACGCUGCUUCCGGAAUUCCCCAGCGCUCAGCACCUUCUUCUGCACAGUAACAUCUCCAGGGAAAAGGUGGAUACGCUGAUCAUGAUGUACAAAACACACUGUCAGUGCAUCCUGGACAACGCCAUCAAUAUCAACUUUGACGAGAUCCAGAACUUCCUGCUGCACUUCUGGCAGGGCAUGCCCAACCACCUGCUGCCCCUUCUGGACAACCCACUGCUGGUCGACAUCUUGUGCGUGUGCGACUCCAUUUUGUAUAAGGUUUUGACUGAUGUUCUCAUUCCCGCUACAAUGCAAGAGAUGCCUGAAAGCCUGCUAGCAGAUAUCCGCGGCUUUGCCAAACACUGGGAGCUGUGGCUGGCCUCCUCCCUGGACAAUCUCCCACAAUGCCUUGUGGCCAAGAAGCUGCCCAUCGCGCGUCGCUUUGUGUCCUCCCUCAAGCGGCAGACGUCCUUCUUACACCUGGCGCAGAUCGCCCGUCCGGCGCUGUUCGACCAAAGUGUCGUCAGCAACAUGGUGACGGACAUGGACAACGUGGACCUGAACAGCAUUAGCCUCCACUCGCUGCUCAGCAUCAACGCCAACGCCGACCAAUUACAUGACGCGUACUCCGACUAUGAGGCCAUCGCUGUCUUCAAGGAGCUAAAGGAGCUUCUGAGGAAGAACGCCACCGUCGAGUCGUUCAUCGAGUGGCUGGACACCGUGGUGGAGCACAAAGUUGUUAAGCCGGGCAAGCAGAGCGGCCGCUCGGUAAAGAAGCGAGCUCAGGACUUCCUGCUGCGCUGGAGCUUCUUUGGCGCGCGAGUGAUGCACAACCUGACUCUCAACAACGCCGCCAGCUUCGGUUCCUUCCAUCUGAUCCGGAUGCUUCUGGACGAGUACAUCCUGCUGGCGCUGGAAACCCAGUUCAACAAUGACAAGGAGCAGGACCUGCAGAACCUUCUGGACAAACACAUGAAAAAAGCAGGUGCCAGUAAAGCAGCCUUUUUGGCAUCUCCGAGUUCCUGCUUCUUAGCCAAUCGCAACAAGGUCGCUGGGGCAGCCGUCGUCGAACAAUUAGUGAAGAGCGAGUCCUCGGGACAGGACGACUCCACGUCUCUGUCGGCCAAUAGGCAGCGAGGGGUGGAGAUGCGCGUCGACAUCUACCCAGAGACAGAUUCUGUCGGCUUCCCUGGUACAGGUGUUCCAACAGACUCGUGCGCUUCCGUCAUGACGCCCCCUAUCUCUCCGGCGGCACUGGUGCACCGAGGCUCGGUCAUCAACCAGGGUCCCCGAGCCCCGACUUCUUCCUCGUCCUGCUCCUCAUCCUCGUACAUCUCCACGUUGAACUCCGUGAGCCAGCCCAACCCGUGCGCCGCCUUCCCGGAGAACUUGUACCCCUGCUCGGCGUACUUCCCUCCGCCCGCUUCCACUUACCAGCCUGUACUCAGGCCCGAGACGGAGAGCACGUUCUCAUCUUGCGUCCAGUCAUCAUCGUUGGCCUACCAGCUGUGUCGGUACGCCGCCUUCGAAGACCAGCAGCCGCCUGCCGCCAAAGACGUCUUGUACGGGGACGCCCACUUCUCAUGCGGCUCCGGUGUCGGUCCCGCCUGCUCGCUGACUCCUUACGCCUCUUCUGCUCGGCCCGCUUCCGUAUACGGCUGCGGCUCGGACACCGUCUCGAGCGAUCUCAGUCUGGAAGCUCACACGGCAGCUCACAUUUUGGAUGCCGCCGAUGGAAUCGGCUUUGGACUCAACCACUCAGGCAGUGGCGGCGAGGGUGCGGGACAAAACGGUUAUUACGGAAGCGGCAGCUACGAGGACCGCCAGCGGAUGGUGCCAGUGGCGGAGCAGCACGUGUCGGUCAUCAGCAGCGUUAGCAGCCCCCUCCUCUUGCUUCGCUCGCCGUACUCUGAUGUCCACGACCCGCUUAACAUCCUUGACCGGCCCGCCACUAAAAGCGCAACCUUCUAUAACGACGUACAAAAUGCGACAGGCUCGGCCCCCUGCAUGUACGGCGUCUCAUCGUCGCCGUUCUCCUCCCAGGGCACUUCGCUGUCCCAGCAGCGUGCCGACGUGCGGGACCUGGUCUCCUUGCUGCCCCCCAUCGACACGGUCUUCAUGGGCGCCCCGGGGGUCCCGUAACACACGCGAGACCAAGCAAUCCCCUAGAUCGAGGUCUGGAAACUCCUUGGCCGUCAUCUAGAAGGCACUGCAGCGGCUGCACUUCCUGAGGGGGCUCAAGAAAAACACCUGCC